UAUAAACUAAAAGUAAAACUACGGUUUCUCGACGAAAUAAAGUUAGUCUUUGUGAUUUUAAAUUAAAGCAAACGUACUGCGUGAUUCAUAAGCUUGGAUAUCUCCUGUAAAAAUUUUCCUUAAAAACUGGCGAAAAUGGUAUUAGCUGAAAAAAAUAGUGAAAAUAUCCGAAACGGUAGAAGAAGUCGGGGACCAAGUCCGAAUGGUCACGUACAACCAGAUUCUACCAGUGAAGAUGAGAGUAGUGUACCAGUGGAUAAAAUAAGAGUUGGACGUGAUUAUCAAGCGGUAUGCCCCGAAUUGCAAACUGAAAGUCAAAGAAAACUUGAACUUCUAGCUGAUAGAGCACUACUAGUUUGGUCACCAACAGAAUGCAUUCCUGAAUCUAAACUGGAAGAUUACAUCGUACUUGCUAAAGAUAAAUACGGUUAUAAUGGAGAACAAGCUCUUGGUAUGUUGUUUUGGCACAAGCACGAUCUCGAAAGGGCCAUGCUCGAUUUGGCGAAUUUCACCCCGUUUCCGGACGAAUGGUCAGUCGAAGAUAAAGUGUUAUUCGAACAAGCUUUCCAGUUUCACGGCAAAAGUUUUCACAGGAUACGUCAAAUGUUACCCGAUAAAACGAUAGCGAGUUUGGUGAAAUACUAUUACAGUUGGAAGAAAACGAGAUCUCGUACUAGUCUGAUGGAUAAACAAGCGAAAAAAUUGAAUACUCCUAAAGAAGAAGGUGCUCCUUCGGAAGGGGGAUCUGAAAAUGGUUCAAACGAAGAAUCUGAUCAUGACGAUAAGAAAUGGGUAUUUCAUCGCGGUAUUCAGCGUAAAACUGGAUCUGCAUCUAGCUCUUAUUCUAAGGACAGUAAUACUACGCAGGGUGAGGGUGGAGCGUGUUCUAACUGCGGAGUCGUCUGUACAGUCACUCAGGUAACGACAAAAGGGAACCUAUGUAAUUCCUGCUUCCAGCAUUGGAGACGAACGGGUACUUUGAGGCCCACUUCUGGGCCGACGGGCGGUAAACGUGGUACCCCGUUAGGGGCACGUCAUAAACGCAAGCCCCCACGCGGCAUGUUCAUCAACCAUGACGAUCUGGCUGCAAUGGCUUCCGGAAAUACGGGCGUCGUCAUGCUUAAAGCCAUGGAUAGAGAACUAGAUUCCCUACAGAGACAAAUUCAACAGAACAAACAGACGAUCAGUUCGUUGAAACGCAAACAUUCCGAUUCGAUAGAAGAUUUACGUCCCGCUACGGAAACCAAUACUCGAUAUAACGCCCGUUGGACGAACGAGGAACUCUUAUUGGCCGUCCAAGGAGUCAGAAAAUACGGGAGAGAUUUCAAAAGUAUCGCCGAGGUUAUAGGAAACAAGACGGAACAUCACGUGCGCACGUUUUUCAUCAAUUACAGAAAGAGAUACAAUCUGGAUAGCAUUUUGAAGGAAUGGGAAAAGGAGCACGGGCCGUUGCCGGAGGAUAUCACCGAUUUGAAGAGCGAAAACGACGAUAACGAUAAUGACGUCAUCUGUAUAUCGCCGUCUCCGACGCCGAGCAAUAAAAAAGACAACAAAAACGGGAAAGUGUCGCAAGUUGCUAAAUGAUGAUUUUACGUGUGUUGUGAGUUUAUGAGAUUUCGUUUAAUUAUGGCGUAAGUAGAUUUUUUUUCUUAUUUUUCGUUUUCAAACGGUGGGUGGACUCUUUACAAAAAAAAUUAUCUUCCCCUGAUCACAGUAACGAAAAUCGAAAAUCAAUCGAAACCCACCUCUAUUAUCUUUUUUUUUUAAUCGAUUUGGACUUAUAAUUUGUAUUGUGACUUUUUUUCUAUUUAAAGUUUUUUAAUCGCCCCCGUAGACAUUUUCGUCUAUUGAACGUAACCUGUAAAAAAAUAAAUUUCUCUACUCUAAUCCGAUUAAAAAUUUUAUUUAUUUAUUGAUUUAUAUACGAAAACGUAUUAGGGCACUCUGAAUAUCGAAUUGUUUCGUAUUCUAUUAUAUAAUUAUACUUUGAAACGACAUAUUUUAAUCAAAUACUAGUUUUUAUAUAUUUUUAUGCCAUUCGAUAUUCUGUAUCACAUACGAGGGCUGUCUGUGAAAUAAUCAAACCCGAACUAUUUUUCUUCUUCGUAUUAUUAUUAUAAUCAGCAGAUUUAUAAUAACAGUUGUUUUAUGACACUCUGUAUAUCAAAUUUUUUGUCAAUCUAUUAUCUAACUGUCACCUGUCACAUUAAACUCAAAUUAUCCUGGUCUCAGUCGAAAAGAAGAAAAACUUUGUUAGGCACACGAUCAAUAUUUGUCGAUAACUUAAUUCCAUCUUUAUUAUCUUCAUUAAGUUUCGUUACUUUAUAGUUAACCCUCGUAUUAAGAUAUAUUUGUAAUAGAAGAAAAUCAUGAUACAGACUAUAAUAGACAAAUCUUUAUAAUAUUAUAUAUAUUUAUAAUUUUAUGGCUAAUUUUUAAUUUUGUAUAUUUAUAUCGUUUUUAAAAAUAUCGGUUAUGAAUUUUGUAUAAAGUUGAAACCAAAGGAAACGAAAAUUUGUUUUGAUUUUGUAUGGAGACGACACCUAGCGACGACUGUUCAUUAAUUCUAUAUUGAAUGUUUUUUUUUAUAUAAAAAUCGCUAGAUGGUGCAAUAUUCGAUUUUUAGUACAACUGGAACUUUUCUUGAAAUUUCUGAUAGGAAAAAUGUUCGUAACGAGUUUUAGGAAAUGUUGCGUUGUAGCGGAAAAGAAGCAAUAGCAUUGUUUCCUUCGUUUUUUUCCUCGUACAAAUAAUUUAUGAAAAUUGGAGGAGCUACACCGACUGAACUUGUAAUUUAAGUAGUUUAAUUUCAUAACAAAAUUUGUUAGUAUCUAAAAUUAAAAUUAAAUUGGAAAAAAAA